CUGGCGGGGUUGUGUUUACGCCUUGUAAAGACAGCCCCUGAAUCACAGCGGCGCGGCGCUAGCUUGUGUUUCUGACAUGUAGCUAACAUUAACCUCUGUUUGUAAAACUCCUUUUAAACUUAGAACAGUUACUCAAACUGAAGUUGCAGCUUUUUGCGUUGUUGGCGGUUAUUAAUUCGACUGUAACGUUACUGUUUAAGUUGCUCGCUCGUACAUGGCUGAUAUAAUCAGCAUAGUGGCAGGUUUUUCGUCUUAUAUGGAUUAAACCAAUGGGCAAAUUACUAUUGCUGCGUAGAAGCUUUAUGGCGCACAGUUAAAAGACCUCUGAGGACAUUCACAGUAACCAACAGUAAAAAUAUGCAAUCAAUCAAGCAAGAAAUGGACUCCACUGAGUCCUACGGUGGAGAGAAUGCCCUGGUUCUAGCUGUGGCCUUGCAAGGGGGUAACAGAGAUCCGAUAAACCACAAAAUCUCUGCUAUUGCAUAUAAGUCCAAAACUACCUGUCGCAGGAAAAGGGAGUUUAUUCCAGAGGAGAAAAAAGACACCCUUUACUGGGAGAGGCGUCGCAAAAACAACGAGGCAGCCAAACGCUCCAGAGAGAAGCGGCGUAUAAAUGAUAUGGUUCUUGAGAACAAACUGAUGGCCCUCGGAGAGGAAAAUGCCUCCCUCAAGGCUGAGCUGCUGUCGUUGAAGGUGAAGUUUGGUCUUAUGAGCUCAGCAGCAUAUGCACAAGAAGUCCAGAAGUUAUCCCGUUCCACCACUAUUGACCUUUAUCAGGAGCUUGUUCCACCUACACCUAGCCAAGGUUCCAGCAGGGAUUUGGAGCCUCGUUACUUACCCAGCAGCUGCAUUUCAGUCAUUAAGCGCUCACCUCACAUGCCUGAGACAUGCAUUGCAACUCAGGCUAGCUUCAGUAUCUGCAGGACUGCAGAGGUCAAGCAAGAAUCUGCAGAGAAUAGCAGCUAUGCACAAGAGAGAUGUAGUCCCUUUGAACUCUAUAGAAACUACAUGGCCAGUCCUUUGUCUGGAGUCUUCCAGUCUGCUUCUUUAACACAGACCACCAGGUCCUCCAGUAACUCCCCCAGAAGCUCAGAAGAUGGCGCUGUAAGCAAAUCAUCAGAUGGCGAGGAUGAGCAGCAAGUCCCCAAAGGGUUGAUGCCAUCUGUAGCUGACCCAAGAAGUGUCAUUGUCUCCGCACACAAAGUACCAGAUGUCUGUUCUUCAGCUUUGCCCCAUAAACUCCGGAUCAAAGCCAGAACCAUGCAGAUCAAAGUAGAGGCCAUCGACCCUGAAUAUGAGUCUUCUGAAAAAUCGUUCUCUCCGACCAGCGUUUCAGAAGGAGGUUGCUUCCACACCACUCAGGACUCCUCAGAGUACACCCAGUCCACCCCGUGCCCUUUGUCAUUACAGGUCACCAACAUGCAAGACUGGACCCACCAGUCUGAGAAGUGGCAUAAACGCAGCACAGAGACACUGCAGAAUGCCUGCAAGAGUAGCAGGCUUACCCCGAACCCUCUUUCGAAUAAAACCAUUGUGGAUGUAAAAGAACUCUCCUAUUCAGAUGCUGGGGACUUGUAUUUUAAACAGGAACUUGGUGACCAGUCUGCAAAAGUGGCCUCUCUAAAAACACUGAUCUAAUCAACAAGGGUUUAUGAUUGAGUCAGCUAAAAACACCAUCAUCAUGAGUCAAUAUCAAAAGGAUGUUCCUCUAAAUGACUUUUGUAUCUUUUGCAUUUUUACUGUAUUUGUUGUUUCACUGUGUGGUUAAUAUUGUGGUUCAAAAUGGUUUAAUUAUCGUAAAUAUUCAAAUACAGGAUGCUCCAGUAGUAGCUGACAGGGCACGAUCAAAGGCUGUUUGCUGAUGUAGAAUGAUUAAAAGUAAUGAGGAGGGGUAGAAUUGAUGCUACUGUAAAUGGUCACAUGGUAAAUUAGUAAAUCCAAUUUAAUGUACAACAAAGAGGGAGGCCCUGCCCCUUUUGGGGUGCCCCAUCGGACCUUCUUUGGAAAAAAUGUGUAGUCAAUGGGAAGACACAAAUAAAUGUGUGAUCGCAUUUGAAUCAUACCCUCAUAUCAUGUCUGUCAAUUCAAAAGAUAAUUUUGCAAGUAAAAAAGGGGACAAUUACAGUAAAUCUGGCUAUAUUGACAUCUGUUGUUACAUGAUGUUGAGUCUUUCUAAUGAUAUAAUUUAAUUAGAAAAAAAAAAGAUUUGCCAAUUGCCAUUGUACAUGUUUUUCUGAAAUAAAGUCCCAUGGUGGUCCACCAGAAGGGGCUUGACUUCACCUUUCUAUACCCCAGCACUAACUCCAUCAGUACAACAAUGGUUAAUACUGUGCCCCUCAGUUUUUGUUUGUCUGCACAGACUGUUUUUCGAGUACAAAUACUGUUUUUAUUCACUCACUAAUUCAUUUGACAAGGUGACAAUGACUGGUAUUAAUUGGUUAUUGAAACACUUGGUGAGAGAAGAGUACUUAGUGUGAUGUUGCCGUGACUCUCUAAUGCCAUGUUCAGACCAAACGUGAUACAAGUUAUUUGCGCUUCAAGAUUACAAAGUCAAUGAUGAGAUGCAAAUAGAUGCAAAUUUGUGUCUGAUUGUAACAUGAAGAUGCAAAAAAAUGGCAUUCACGUGAAUUGAAAAUUAAACUUAAAGGUGAUGCUGUGUCACAAAAGCCUGUUGUCAAUGACAUUCACACUGAUGUCAUGAAGUUAACAUCACUGAUGUCCAGACAUUGAACAAGAACAACAGUGGAGGAGAGGAUAAUCAUCACUAAUCGUGGCCUUUUGUGGAUUCCCAUAGCCGUAUAAUUAACAAAUCUACUCGUAGGAAAGUGAGCGAGAAAGUCAGACUGAUAAGUUUUGGAAAUAUGUCUCAGCACAGCAUAGCUGUUAGCAACGAGCAUCACAAAUGUUGUUUGCUUGUCGUCUGGCUGAGAGACUUGACAAAGUAUGAGUUUUUAGUUACUGCAAUAUCAGUAUUGCAGUCAGAUCACAGAGAAAUUGCUUUAUUUUGGGUUUUGUGGUAAACUGCGCUGGAAGCUGCAAUCAUCCAGCCCGACGGUGAAAUUCACUGAGCUGGGUGCUGUGUGUUUGUGGAUAUUUUUAUUUGCAAUACUAGCACAAGUAGACAUGAAUAAAAAUGAAUAACCCUGCUAUCAAACUCACGAAAGUAAUGCAGCGUGAAUAUUUUGCUCCCGUUCAGUCUGUUAAGUGUCGGGAAAUGAAUCCUGACCAUUAUACUUAAUGUAUUCAGUGUAGUAUAUGUAAGUAAGAUCAUUAAGUAUAAUGGUCCUCUGAAAGGCAAACAUACAUAAAUAAAUGAAAAGAGGGAUACUUUUUCUAUGUAUUGUGUUGCAGAGAUGUUUACAAAGGCUAGCAUGCUAACAGCUAUCUUCCUGUCUCGUCAUAACGCUCUGUAUAGCAGGAUGCAAGUCUGUUAGCCCCCGUAGGUUCGGCUGGAAGAUGUAAAAGCAGUUUGUUUGGACAGAUAAUUGCCUGCUUGUACUUGGAGGAGUGUACCACAGCAACCCACAUCCAUACCCAAAUCUGUUAUGAUCAGCUGCAAAUAAAAUUGCAGGAAGUUUGUCUUAAAGAACUGAUUUAAAAAAUGAAUCUGAUUAGCAUGCUAGCUGAGUAAAGUCCAACAGUGGUUAAAGAUGUCUGUUUUUCUACUUAAGAGGACUGUUGUUCUGUUUGCAGAUAAUUUCCAUGAGGUACAUGGUUGUUUCCAAGCAGGAAAUAACCAUUUACCUAGGUGGUGAUUUUGGGGAAAUUGGAUGUUUACUUGUCACACUUCCAACUACUUAAAGCUGACCGCUUAAGUAACCUUGAGUCACUGCACUGCAGGACAGCUGAACAUGCCAAAAUAUGGAAAUUGUCUUGGACAAAUAUAAAAUUGAAGAUGUGUAUUUGAAGAUAAAAGUGUCCAAUUUAUGUUUCAUGAAUAAUGAAUUAUUUACCCAAGUUAAAAGUUUGUUUGUUUUAGGACGUUCUUAUUUUCCUUUCAAAUACAACAUUCAUUUUUUGUUAUACUGGGUGACUAUGUUACUGACCAUCAUGUCUUGUACAUCAAUACAGUUGAAAUCAAUGACUUUGUAAUCCCAGCAGUGUGCUGAAACAACUUAAGAGACAUCAUGUGUCAUAGUCAUAGUCUGUAGUCCAAAAAGUCCAUUUUUUUGCUAUAACCACAUUUUGGCUCUGCUACGUUCACCAAUUGUCACAUUUCCAUUGCUUAACUGUGUAUUGCUUUGUGUUUUUAUUUGUUUUUUUGUUCUUUGUUUAAACCUUUCAGGUCACUGGUUAAACCAAGACUGUGUUUGACACUGGAUGGACAGUUAUGACUACCUUCUGAUGGAACAGACAGUGUUCAGACAACUGGACUUUUUAUAAAGCUAAUACAUAUAUUCUUACACAUUCAUUCAUGUUCACCAUUUGUAGAAAAAUAACACUGUAUCAUUAAGUCUCCAGAGAUCAUUAUAAUGUUGAAAUUCUUCAAAUUGCUGUGUCUCAUAAAGGCUUAAUUUUCUUUUGACCAUUUGGGGUGAUUACAUCACGUGUUGUGUUCUUCUCUGUAGUCAAUAUAACAUUUCUUACUUCAGUCAGCCCUAGCUAAUAUGAUACCAAAUAAUGUACUUUGUUUCAAAAGAAUGGGGUGUUCAUUUUUCAUCUGAUUAGCUUGAUGAUGAUGAUGGUGAUGAUAAUAACUCCAUAUGCCCAGACCUGAGGUCCAUCUCCUGGUGUCUGAACACUUCUCAAAGUGUAUUGUAAUGGCCAGUUUUUGUUUCCAAUAAAAGUCUUGUCAUGUUA